GUUGGGUGGUUGGGUGGCUGGUUGGGCCUGCAGAGCCGGGCGAAAGUGGCGGGCUUAUCGACGGAUUGCGGUUCUCACGCUGGAUCUGGCCGCGUUAUCAGUUAACUGGCGGUGACAAUGUCGUAGAGCCACCAGCGAAACGUAAACAAACGACGCCCACGGUUCCAGCCGAACCCCAUUUGGAAUCUGUAUCUGAAUCCGAAUCGAGCCGAAGUCCUGGCCAAAAACCGCAGAGCUCCGGCUCCCACGGGUGCCAGAUAGUUCCCCACUGGCGUCGCGUGCGCUUCGUUUUCCACACCGUGUGUCAUGUCAUUUUCCAGCACCUCAUCGCCCGCCUGGGAUUAUCGAAGCUCUCCGGCACCGUUGGAUCUAGGUGUAACCAUCCUGUGGGAAAAUGAACAGCGAAAUGCAACGGCCACGGCACUAAGUCUUCAGACAACCAGCCUGGGUCCCGGUCAUCUCCUCUGGCUGGUCAUCAAUGCCCUCCUGUUCGCCCUCAUCCUGGGCGGCAACAUCCUGACCAUUGUGGCGGUGCGCACCUGCCGCCACCUGCGAUCGGUCAUCUCCAACCUGUUUAUCCUCUCGCUUGCAGUCUCCGAUUUCUGUGUGGGACUGGCUCUGCCCUACCACCUGGUCUUCUACAUGGGCUCAGAUAUUGGCGCCAUGAGAGCUCCCUGCCUGCUGCGCUUCUUCCUGCUCAUCUGCGCCUGCUGCGUUUCCAUGCUGACCCUGAUCUCCAUUGCGGUGGAUCGGUAUAUAGCAGUGGUUUAUGCCUUGCACUACAGAAGAUACAUGACUCGUCGGGUUGCCUAUAGCAUCAUCAUAUCCAAUUGGUGCCUGGGUGCUGUGGUGGCCCUGAUUCCCGUGUUCUGGAAUCGAUGGCCCGAGGCGCAGGCUUGUGAGUUCGAUGAAGUCCUCUCGCCCGGUUACAUAGCCGGGGUGAUCACGCCGGGCUUUGUGAUCAUCUGGAUCUGCAUGUUCCUUGUUUACUGGCGGAUCAUGCGCGAGGCAUCCAAGCAGGCACAGCGAUUGCGCCAGUCGGUGGUCUACAACGCGGAGGAGGCCACCACCAUGAGGAGUCUGCUGCUCCAUCCGGAUUGGAAGAGUGUCCAGAUCGUGGUCUUCAUCAUGGGCUGCUUCACACUCUGCUGGCUGCCGUAUUUCUGCGUGGCCAUUGCCCAGCUUUUCAGCAUCUGCCAGAGCAGCUCGAUGAUCUACAAAACGACGUUCUCGCUGGCCAUUGCCAACUCUGCCCUGAAUCCGAUAAUCUACUCGUGGAAGAACUCCGGCUUCCGGCGGGCCUAUGCCCAGACACUGUGCUGCCGGUCAGCGAGACAGUGCGAGGAUCAGUUGCCGGCGGACAGCAAGCACCGCAUGGAGGCCACCUCCUCCUCCACGGGCUACCAGCAGGAGAUCAAGCCGAACGCCACGAAGUGAUCACCUGACUGGUGGUAAUAUGUUGAGAUGAUAGCAAUUAAAGUGAAUAUUAUCUUUAAGA